UAGCUCCACGGCGCGUGUCAGUGGCAGAAGCGCACCACGCUCCUCGAGACGCGCAGAUAAACACAUCGUGAGACACUCCUGGAUGUUCUAGCGGGACACGCGGAGACUCUCCUCCAACUUUUUUCCUAACGUCGCCUUUUCUUCCAUUGCCAAAGGGAUAUUAUUUUUGCUUGUUCUUGGUUUGGUUAAUGAUGCCUGCAGACACGAUGGAGAAGCAGACCGCGUCACCAAUCGCCGGUGCCCCUGCGUCCGGAUCACACACUCCGGACAAACCUAAAAACGCCAGCGAGCACAGAAAGUCGUCCAAACCCAUCAUGGAGAAACGGCGCAGAGCUCGUAUCAACGAGAGUCUGGGUCAACUCAAGACCCUCAUCCUGGACGCUCUCAAAAAAGAUAGCUCCAGACACUCUAAACUGGAGAAAGCAGACAUCCUGGAGAUGACUGUCAAACACCUGCGGAACCUGCAGCGCGUGCAGAUGAGCGCAGCUCUCUCCGCUGAUGCUACGGUUCUGAGCAAGUAUCGUGCUGGUUUUAACGAGUGCAUGAACGAGGUGACGCGCUUCUUGUCCACCUCAGAGGGAGUAAACGCAGAGGUGCGCUCCCGGCUUCUGAGCCACCUGUCCGGCUGCAUGGGUCAGAUGAUGUACCCGCAGCAGGCCCCAUCUCAGCAGCACAUCGCGCAGCCUCUCCACGUGCAGCUGCCCUCCACUCUGCCCCUCAACGCCUCUAAACUCAGCCCCGCCGAGGCCGCCUGCCCUAAGGUCCUGGGUGGCUUCCAGCUCGUGCCCGCCACUGAUGGACAGUUUGCCUUCCUCAUCCCCAGCCCGUCCCCCGUCAUCCCGCUGUACGCCAACGCCGGGCCCGUGGCUGUUAACGCCAGUCCGGUUCAUGGCAGCUCUGUGCCACCAGCAGCUUCCCCUGUCCAUGGCAUGACAUCGUUCUCCGGGGCUCCUCAGGCGGUCAGCCCUGUGAGCCUAAGCACCGGCUCCGAGAGCAGUGAGCCGGUGUGGCGGCCCUGGUGAUUUCAGCACCGGGUUCUGGACUGUAACACGUGGGUGUACCCGUGCUUUGGGACGUAGUUGUCCCACUAGUUGUUCCGUUUUAAGGGACGAGCCUGUUCUGGCUGUGAUUAUUAAUUUAUCGUCCACUCCAACAUUUGGAUGCGGAUGAUAAAGUGAUGUAAAUGCAUUUGGACAUUAGAGACACUGUUGAAAGUACUUAGUCUAGUUUUGUACAGACUUGUAACUGUUUGUCAAACCAAAGUGUUUUAUAUUCUUUUCUUUGUUGUUUGUGUUGAACACGAAAUAUAAGAAGUGGGCUUGACCCAUUGUUUAAAUAAAAGAUAUUUUUAAACAUUA